CAGCGACAACGCCAUGCGUUACGCCUCCAAUAGCGCCGUUAAAGCGGCAGCAGCGAGUAGCACUCGUCCAAAGUCCACCACAGCCGCCAACCUCGACCCUACCGCAGCCUAAAGGGAUAGCAACGCGGAUAUCCCGCAAUAUGUCAUUGGUACCGUAUGGCCCGGCUGAAUCGCGGCAAAUCGUCUUACGCCAUGGAUCUGCUGUUGUUGUCUACGACCAGCGCUCGAAGCAGCUCUCUCUGCGCUCUGCGCCUCACGCCUCUGGACUCGAGCUGGCCGACCCCGACUGUCCCUACUGCCAUCGACCCCUGCGCGAGCAGACGCGCCACCAAAGUGACGCCGGAGGAAACGAUGAAGAGCUACCGGAGACCGGGUUCGUGAACCCCGAAUACUUUCGUAUGCUGCAUCACAGCACGCCUACCUCGACGGCAUCUUCUCGCGAACCGUCGCCGCGCCGAAGACUCGACCAACGAACGCUGCGCCAUACUUCCGGCAGUUCAGAAUUGCACCCGCCCCCUGGCGCCGAGUUCGUCGCGAGCGCUCCUGCUUCGUCCGCAUCGCCCCAUGGCAUCUCCUCGACCGCUUUCAGCCAAAACUACUUCAAAACAUUCUUCGAGGAGGAGCGCGAGCUUGGUAGGGGUGGGAAGGGUGUCGUGCUUUUGGUCAAACAUGUACUGGAUGGUGUUUCCCUUGGGCAAUUCGCGUGUAAGCGCGUACCCGUGGGCGACGAUCACGAGUGGUUAAAGAAGGUUUUGGUCGAAGUCCAGCUCCUCCAGAACCUCUCCCACCAGAACCUCGUUUCAUACAGACAUGUUUGGCUGGAAGACUACCAAAUCAACUCAUUUAGUCCCAGCGUUCCUUGCGCCUUCAUCCUUCAACAGUAUUGCAACGCUGGUGAUCUUCAUCAUUAUGUCCUCAAUCCGGCAAAGGAGUCCAUAACCGCGCAACAACUCAAAGACCGAAUGCGACGUAGGUCGAAAGGACAAGCCGAGCGGCCUCUCCAUCUCAAUGAACCCCGGCGUAUGCAAUUUGAGGAAAUCUUCUCAUUCUUUAAAGACAUCACCGCAGGUUUACAUCACCUGCAUGCGAAUGGAUACAUCCACCGUGAUCUGAAGCCUCACAACUGCCUCCUACACACCGUGGGAGGCAAAACGAGAGUACUUGUCAGCGAUUUCGGCGAGGUUCAAGUCGUGAACGUUGCGCGAAACUCAACAGGCUCCACUGGAACAAUCUCAUAUUGUGCGCCGGAAGUUCUUCGACGGGAAACCACUGGGGCGUUCGGCAACUUCACGACCAAAUCGGAUGUCUUUUCGCUAGGCAUGAUCGUCUACUUUAUGUGUUUCGGAGGCCUCCCUUACAAGAACGCCGAUGACUUGCACGAAGAAAAUGAGGAUUUGGAUCAGCUAAGGGCGGAGAUUUCGCAGUGGAUUGGGUUCGAAGAUGCGCGCCGAGUCCGAUCGGACCUCCCCGACAAGCUGUACUGGUUCCUAAAGCGGCUACUUUCGAUGGACCCGAACGAGCGACCGACUACUGAGCAGAUCCUGCAGGGCAUCGGGGCAGCGUCUGGCCUGGAAGAGGUCAAUGGGUUCGGAUCAGCAUCCAUUUUUGAGGAUAUCCGUCCCCGGAUUUCCCCAGCAGACUCGCCUUCCCCAGGGCCGGGGAUGAUGGGGGCUAGAAAGCAGUCGACAGGGCUUAUCCGCCCUCCAACCCUCCGACCACGGCAAGCAACUGCUGAAGAGUAUAGGUCGCCCAGUCCGCCGGUCAGCAGAAAACCUGCCCUCAGCCGGUCUUCAACUCCCCCGGAGUCGACAGUCGUGUUGCGGGCGAGAAAGGUUGAGCAUCACUCGCCGUCCCCGCCUCCGGAGGCACUGAGUCCGACACCACGUCUUGCGCUGCCUCCGCCUUCAACAUUGUCCUUACGACUGCACCAUAUUUUCUCAAGUCCCCUCACCAUAGGCGCUGGCAAACUCGCGAUAUUCCUCGUAAAAGUGCUUUCAGUUUCCCGGCCAUGUUCCCCCUUCGCCGCAAACCCAUGGGUUGCAUACCCUCUCCUUACCCUUGCAGCGUUUGAUUUUGCGCUGGUGGGGUUUUCGCCAGCAGGCUUCCACGCAGGAUGGGUCCUCUCGCUCGUGCUCAUGACUAUCCACUUUUUAGUGACUGGGGCGGCCUUGCGGUGGGAUGGCCUGUGUUUGCAAAAAUUGCCGGUCUGGCAAGAUUUUUCUUCUUGAUGGGCAUCCUUGAGCGCGAAUUUCCGCUGCCCAGGCGCUCCCGCCAACUAGGAGUUUUUUCUCUUUGCGGCGUUGUAGAUUAGCUCGCAUUAGUAAUCGAAAGAUCGAC